AUGACUUCCAGUAAGUCCCUUCGAGCCACUCUUCUACCCUCUCUUUCCUUCCGAUCCCAUUCGCAAAAUGGCCCCGAAUUGAAAUCGAAACCCGAAUCCGACUCGUCUGCUCGAAAGGCCCUACGCGACAAUGGCCAUCAGCCCCCGGCCGACGGGCCGCAAAAGAUCUUGGAGCCCAUCGUUGAGGGGAGCUCCGAUCUGGAACCGCCUUCAACCAGACCACGGGCCAAAUCGAAGACUAAACCUUGGAGCACUCGAAUCUCAUCCUUGAUUCCGUCGCUUACAAUCCAAACCACAGACCCCCGUCCCAUGUCUAUUCAGAGGAAGCCCAUCACCGGCAUGGCGCCUCCAUCACAACCACCGCCGCCGCCACCACCAGCAGCGCCCCCUGUUGCUUCGCUCGAUCCUCCUGCUGAAUCCAUCCAUUAUUCUCCUGCUGAUUCUUUCGACGCUCCUCCUGCGCCUUUCGAUCCUCCUCCUCCACCCCCCUCGGGGCCUCCACCUCCUCCUCCGCAGCCGCCAUUGUACUCGGUGGCCGAGUCAACAAGCUCCUCUAGUUUGACCGGCGAUAGUCCAACUCUUUUUGAAUCAGACCACCAACACUCGGAUACAUCGUCUUUUCCAUACCCGCAGCGCAGUCCUCCGACACCUCCAAAGACUGAGGUCUAUUAUCCUGCCUCAGAAACACCGGCCGUUGCAUCUCAGAUUUCGCUUCUCGUAAUGCCGCAGUCUGACGUUAUUAGCCCGUUGGAUGAAGCCGACGUCACUCCGCGGAUCAUGGACCCCACGCCACCUUCUCCCUCUGUUUAUUCCGCGACAAACACAAAUACCCCCGUUGUUGACCGCGAUAUACCAGUCCCAGCACUCCCUGUUAUUGAUUUCGACUCUGAAAUUGACACUCAGCUCCGCGUCAACCCCGUCAUUAUGGACCCUACUCCACCGUCGCCCAGGCCAGAGAGGUCGUCUUUUGGAGUCAUUGAUGAAAAUGUUGGAUUAAGUCGCAAUUCGGCUGAGAACAGCGAGGACUCCUUUAGACAGGACUUGCCGCCGAAUGGGAAUGGAAAUGUUGAAAUCAAUGUGAGCAGGCAACGGAGCAUCUCCUUUUCAGAGCGGAAAGACUCUCUCCCUCCUAUGCAAGGUCUGAGGACUCGACAGACGGCACCUCUGCCUGAGCCCAGGGGACGAAGCGUCUCUGCGCGGGUCAACUCGACACUCAUAGAUGGGUCAAGGCUUUCUACGUCCACAAACUUACGGCCCGUGUCUGGCAUUAGCCAGAGCCCGACAAGGAGAAAGCUGCGGCGAAGUUGGAUGCCUGGUAGAUCCCGCUCCAACUCCAUGGACGCCAACCAUGGCCAUAAUUUGGCUGCCUGGGUCAUAUCUGAAGAUAACAAGACGGAAUACAACCCAACUUUCCUGAAAACUGGAGAAAAGGUUCCUGAGCUCUGGAAUGAGAACGGUGAAGUUCUUGUUUAUUUGUACCCAAAGUCUACUGGGCGUGGACCGUCCUUCAAAGUUCCAGAGUUUACUGUGAGCUCUUCCUUUGUUUUCAAUGAACUCAUUCGAACAGAGCUGGAGUCUCCCACAGCCGCCCGAGCCCGAGCCAGAAACUCCAUAGGAAGAGACAGUCUUAGCACUGAUGAUGCUUCGCGAAACUCAUCUCCAACCAUUCCGAUGGAUAGCUACUCGGAUUACCUGCACCUCUAUCUGCCCCCUCCACCAUCAAACGCCUCAUCAAAAUUGGAACGCUUGAUUGCAAUUCGAAACCUCUUUGCCUUCCUCACAGGCCAACCCCUUGUGGGAACUCCGGAACGGCCAAGGACCUUUCAUGCCUUCCUCCAGAUUUCGGAUCUCUUGCAGGAGUUUGCUUUCUCAGGCGCUGAUGGCUAUACUUUUGGCAAUGCCGUCGACUUGAGUUUCGGCUUCUACUCGGAGUCACUAGGUCUCGGAGACUGUCGUCACAGCCGAGAGCAGACAAUUGAGGCCCUUAUUCUGGGUGAACGAAUGCGGUCUGUUGAGCUGUAUAACGAGGCAUUUGCCCAUGCAGCAGGAAAAUAUUCAGCCAUCAUGGACCUCCGCCUGCCUUUGUUUCAACAAGUUUCCCCCAUCACCCGCCAACGGCUCGAAAGAGCUCAUUUGGAUCUUGUGAACCGCCAACACAACGUGAAUGAACAACUUGAGCAGUUUGAAUUUCCAUCUCUCUUUGCAGGCAUCGCAAAUUCGUCAUCUAUACCUGAACUUAAGCAGUUUGUCUUGAAUUACUACAAGACUGCAUUUGGUAGCUGGCCUCCUAAAGCCAGCAGCAAGAAGAAUCCGUUUGCAGAGAGCGGCCUGAACCGAAUAGUGCUGAAAACUUUGUAUUCGGACCAUUGUGCCCUCUAUGACUUGCUGGUGGAUCGGAACAGCCUGACGUCAAGAGUGAUUGAUGAGGUGCCGACAGUCUCCAAUGAAGCCGACGAGAUGAUGACAUCGGCUCUUCGCAACAUUGAAUCUGAAUUCGAUCGUUCCAGGCCUCCAGUGCUGCCUCCUAUUCCUUUUGAUCUCCCUCUGAUUCCAUCAAUGGUGGCGAUUCUUGAGACCUACAACACUCUUUCUCCCAAAGAGCAAGCAAAGUUCGACAAGAAAGUGAAGGAGCCUGAAAUGCUUCUGGUGUUGAACAACGCCUACAACUACGACACUGCUAGCUUACGACUUCCAUUCCUUGACGCCUUCAAGGAAUUCGAGGCUCGGGAGUCCAAGGGAAAGACGGCUCAAGAUCUCGCCGAUCAGCGCAUUGGCUAUUUCCUCUUCCUCUAUGUUGUUCUUCAGUCGCUUCCCACGUUGGUCGUGGAUGCUCCCGACCUCAAGUAUGCCGAAGGAGUAGAGUAUUUCCUGUGCCAGCCGCCUAUCGGCAACCCCCCUUGGGUUGACGACAAGCAGGUCCGAAAAAUGUGUGUGGAAGCGAUAUAUCACCGAAGUCACUGUUGGCUGGCUGCAAAGAUUUGGGAGGAAAUGGGUAACUCGGCCACCCCACCGUUGGAGGAGCCAGCAUUGGAACCUCUCGAGCCUCCUCGCCCGAUCUUCCAGGAGAGCGAAGGUGCCCUCGGCAACGGAACUGGCCCCCUCUCUGGCCAGAGCACCCCAUCGCCGCCUCCUGGAUCGCCCCAGCUACGCCCUCGACCGCGAAAUCUCUCGCCGGGCGGUCGCCGCACUAACAACGCAUACCGCUCUAGCAUCAUCAUGGGCUUGGAACCAGUGCCUCUGGAGCCGCCCAAUGUCUUCGGUGCUCACCAGCGAAGCAGCUCUCUUGGCCCACGGCCUCCCAGCAGCCGCAUUUCUAACCGGAGCUCGUCUGUUGGCAAUCUUGUGGGUCUGAACACCCCUCGAGUUUCGAGACCGCCCUCUCCCACUCGAGUUGCCGCAACAGCUGGAACCACUUUUGAUGAUAUCUUGGGAGAAUCACAAAAGAAAAAGCCUGCUACCAAGAAGAAGGGUAGAUUCUUCUAG